AUGAACUUUGAAUUACUUCAAGAACAUACUUUUAAAAGUAAAGAUAGUCUUCGGUUAGAGAGAUUAGGAAUAUUGAGAAAGAGCAAAGCUGGAGAGAAUGAUCUAAAAGCUAAUCGGCGGUAUGACUUAUACUUAUUAACAGCCCAUUCAGCAGUCCUACCCUCCAGCCCUCUGUUAUAUGCGUCUAUGUAUCUCCAUGACUUACGUGCGAAUUUGCGAAUGGUCGCAAUAGGAACAUUGUUAAGAGUUUUGAGAACAAGUUCCAAUAAGUCCGC